AUGCCACCAAAGAAGAAGAAGGCUGCUUCAGCUUCCGCAGGUCCUGUUGCUGUACCCGUUGAAGCUCCUUCGGCUGUCCCAACGCCAAUACCUGCGCCACCGAAGCCUACAGCAGAAAACGAACAAGAUGAGCAAUCAAAGGACACAGCUUCAGAAGCCAAACCAAAGCGUUCGCGGGCGCCGAAAGCAUCCGUAAAGCCAGACCAUGCACCAGCACCAGGAGAUGAGACAUUCGCUGCCCUGCUCGAACCGUUCUAUGGAGGAAAAAGUCUUACCGACCCUAUCGAUACUGCCAAAGACAAAUGGAAUUUGGUUCCCGCUUUCUUGAAAGUCAAGGGUCUAGUCAAACAGCACAUUGACUCGUUCAAUUUCUUCAUCGAAACAGAAAUCAAAGAGAUUGUAAAGGCAAACAAAAGAAUCACUAGUGAUGCUGAUCCAAACUUCUUCCUCGAAUAUGAGGACAUCACUGUUGGAAUCCCCGAGCGACUCGAUUAUGGUGACCGAAAGGCUCUGAAUGAAAUUACGCCAAACGAAUGUCGCCUGAGGGAUAUGACUUAUGCUGCACCAAUUAGGGUCACAUUUAGAUAUACAAAGGGGAAGCAAAUGACUCGGAGAAGUCACAUACCUAUCGGAAGAAUGCCCAUUAUGCUCAAAAGUGCUACUUGUAGGCUGGCUGGAAAGAAUGACCGUCAGAUGGCGCAAAUGAAUGAGUGCGCGCUCGACCCUGGUGGAUACUUCAUCGUAAAUGGAACAGAAAAGGUCAUUCUGGUUCAAGAGCAAUUGAGCAAAAACAGAGUCAUUGUAGAAGCUGAUCCUAAGAAAGGGAUAACCUCUGCAUCUGUCACAAGUUCAACCCAUGAGCGGAAGUCCAAAAGUUACGUUACGAUGAAAAAGGAUAGAAUCUGGCUCCAGCAUAAUAUUUUGACGGAGCCUGUACCGAUCGUAAUUGUGCUGAAAGCGAUGGGCAUCCAAUCCGAUCAUGAGAUGAUGUUCUUAGUAGCCGGAGAGGACGAGGAUUAUCAAGACGAAUUUGCGGUCAUGUUUGAGGAGGCCGCGAAAGCCGGUGUAUUCUCACAGCAGCAGGCUCUCGAAUACUUGGGAGCCCGUGUAAAGAUGGGAUCGAAGCCCAGAGUAGGGGGCGCUCCCCCUCGUAGAAACCACAUUCAGGACGCACUCGAAGCUCUUGCCAACAUUAUCAUCACACACGUACCGGUCGUUGGACUUGAUUUCAGGCCGAAAGCGUUGUACAUAUGCUUCAUGGUUCGCCGAGUACUGAUGGCGGUCAAAGACCCAAAGCUUGUAGACGAUCGGGAUUAUGUUGGAAAUAAGCGGUUGGAACUUGCUGGCCAGCUUUUGUCUCUCCUUUUCGAAGAUCUCUUCAAAAAGUUUAAUACGGAUCUGAAAAUGAACAUCGACAAAGUUCUAAGCAAAAAGAAUCGAACGUCAGAAUUUGAUGCUUUCAAUCACAUGCAAUCUCACGGAAAUUAUAUCACCUUGGGCAUGAAUCGUGCUAUCUCGACAGGAAAUUGGAGCGUCAAGCGAUUCAAGAUGGAAAGAGCCGGCGUUACACACGUCCUUAGUCGGUUGAGUUACAUCAGUGCUCUUGGGAUGAUGACUCGUAUUAGCAGUCAGUUCGAGAAGACGCGAAAGGUCAGUGGACCUCGUGCGUUACAACCGUCUCAGUUUGGUAUGCUUUGCCCGUCUGAUACACCGGAAGGAGAGGCAUGUGGUUUGGUAAAGAAUCUGGCCUUAAUGACGCACAUCACGACUUAUGAUGAUGAAGAGCCGAUCAAGAAGCUGGUAUUCUUCCUCGGUGCAGAGGAUAUCCUAUCCGUGAGCGGACAAGAAAUUCAUGGCAAGGGGGCAUAUGUUAUAUUUGUCAACGGCACACCUCUUGCUCUCACCGUGCAACCCAAAACUUUCUUGACGAGCUUCCGCAAUUUUCGACGGCAAGGCCGAGUAUCGGCAUUUGUCAGUAUCUACAUCAAUCAUCAUACGAAGGCUGUUCACAUUGCUACCGAUGAAGGUCGAAUUUGUCGACCGCUUAUAGUCGUCGAAAACAAUAAACCGAAAGUUACCAAAAAAUCGCUCGAGGCAUUACGAAGCGGCAAAAUGGAUUUUGAUGACUUUCUCUACCGAGGAAUGGUGGAAUAUGUUGAUGUCAACGAGGAGAACGAUACACUUAUUGCACUAACCGAGCAUGACGCUCUAACUACCGCAGGAAUUACUCAUUUGGAAAUCGAGCCAUUUACUAUACUAGGAGCCGUCGCUGGAUUAAUUCCAUAUCCGCAUCACAACCAAUCUCCCAGAAACACCUAUCAAUGUGCUAUGGGUAAGCAAGCUAUUGGUGCGAUCGCGUACAACCAAUUCUCGCGGAUCGACACGCUUCUCUACCUCAUGGUCUAUCCUCAGCAACCAAUGGUCAAAAGCCGCACUAUUGAGCUGAUCAAGUACGAUAAACUUCCAGCUGGACAGAAUGCAACCGUUGCAGUCAUGUCGUUUUCCGGCUACGAUAUUGAGGAUGCUCUAGUACUCAAUAAGGCGUCUUGUGAUAGAGGAUUCGGGAGGUGUCAAGUCUUCCGCAAAUAUGCUACACAGUUCCGAAAAUACCCUAAUCGGACUCAAGAUCGUAUAGGAGAUAAGCAGAUGGAUGAGCGAGACCCUUCCAAGCCGUCGAAAAAGCAUGCAAUCUUGGGUUCCGACGGAAUGGCAUUGGUUGGCGAGCAGGUCAACUCCGGCGAGACAUAUCUCAACAAAGAAGUUCCAAUCAACACUGGUGGGAACGGCAUCGGUUCUGACGUUGGAACAAAUGAGCAUAAGCCUGCCCCUAUGACUUAUCGCCUCCCUGACCCAAGUUACAUCGAUAAGAUCAUGAUUUCGCAGACGGAAAAUGAAACCAUGGUUAUCAAGGUUCAAACACGCCAAACUCGUCGUCCAGAGCUCGGUGACAAAUUUUCGUCUCGCCACGGGCAAAAAGGUGUUGUCGGUAUUAUUGUGAAUCAGGAGGAUAUGCCAUUCGCAGAUUCCGGAGUCACGCCCGACAUCAUCAUGAAUCCCCAUGGUUUCCCCUCUCGUAUGACAGUAGGAAAAAUGCUAGAGCUCCUAUCUGGAAAAGCAGGAGUAUUGAACGGGUCCCUGGAAUACGGAACUGCCUUUGGAGGAAGCAAUGUCGAUGACAUGGGUGAUAUUCUUAUCAAAAACGGCUUCAGCUAUUCAGGAAAGGACUUCGUUACGAGUGGUAUAACAGGAGAAUCUUUACCAGCCUACAUAUUCUUUGGUCCCAUCUACUACCAAAAGCUCAAACACAUGGUUCAAGACAAAAUGCACUCUCGGUCCCGUGGUCCGCGAGCUAUUCUCACACGUCAACCCACUGAAGGUCGGUCUCGAGAUGGUGGUCUCCGUCUCGGAGAGAUGGAACGAGAUUGUCUUAUCGCUUAUGGCGCUUCUCAGCUUCUUCUUGAGCGGCUGAUGUUGAGCAGUGAUGCUCAUGAAGUCGAUAUCUGUGAGGUAUGCGGUAUGAUGGGAUUCCAAGGCUGGUGUCAGACCUGUAAGAGCACUGCUGGGGUUACGAGGAUGACGAUGCCGUAUGCGGCGAAGUUGUUGGUGCAGGAGUUGUUGAGUAUGAAUGUGCUUGUGAGACUUAGACUUGAGGAUGAGUUUCCUCAUCCUAAGUGA